CGAUCCCGUCAUCUUUUCUCGCCUUCACCUUCAGCCUUCCUACUCCUCUCCACCCCAAUUGCCAACACAGGUAGGGCGGCCCGCCAUGCUGCGCUACUCAAUUGUGUCGAAGCAGACUCGGCUCCUGUCUGUGAGCCGACAGCGCGCCGCAACACAGUUCCCGACUGCCUAUCUCGCGAACAGUCCUAUCAUCCGUGGCCAGAGGCGUUUUGCAGAUUCUAAGACCCCUGCCCCGAACAGCCCAACGCCUGUCUCGCCGACAUCACAGUCAUCAAUUCCUCCCGAAACAGUAGCUGCGACUGCACCAUCCCCGACUGGCCAAGGCCAAACCUCCCCCCCUUCAUCUAUACAGCCUCCUCAGCCGCCUACGGAUGACACCAGCAAGGUGUCAGUCAAACAGCCUCGGCCUCCAAAGACCGGCCGAUUCAGGCGAUUCCUGCUCUACCUUAUCCUUACGUCGGGACUAGCUUAUGGUGGAGGUGUGCUCUUAGCUCUCAAAUCAGACAACUUCCACGAUUUCUUCACGGAAUAUGUGCCGUUUGGUGAGGAGAGCGUUCUCUACUUUGAAGAGCGUGAUUUCUACCGCCGUUUCCCAAAUGCUACUCGACACUCCAACCGACUACCCCCAGCUCAUAAGGUAGAGUCGCAAAAGGUUACCAUCCCAAGCGGCAGUGGCCUGUCAUGGAAGGUCGCGGAGGAAGACGGUUCUGGUAGCGAUUUGACCCAAAAGGGCCCACACAACAGCGCUGUUGCAAAGUCCAAUGAGUCGAAACUAGUCACGAAGGCGAAAGAGGAGCGUCGUGAAAAGAAGGCUGAAGUGGCCAAAAAGGAAACUCCCAAGGAAGCGCCAAAGGAAGAACCUAGGAAGCCUGCUGUUUCUCCUGCUGCAACUCUCGAGCUCAUUAAACUCGAGGCAGCCGACGAGCCUGUGGUUCAGGAACUUGUCAAGGUUUUCAACGACGUGAUCACCGUCAUCAGUGCUGAUGGUGCUGCCAACAAGUACUCCGCGCCAAUUGCAAAAGUCCGAAGUGAACUAGAAAGCAUUGGAGAGAAGAUAACCGCUCUUCGUACAGAGGCCAAGAAGGGAGCCGAGGAGGAGGUUGCGAAGGCCCAUGCUCUUUUCGACGAGUCUGCCAAGAAGCUUAUGCAACAGAUUGAAGAGGCCCGCGCUGCUGAGGUGGCUCAGUUCCGGGAAGAGUUCGAAACCGAGCGAGAGAAACUCUCACACGCAUACCAAGACAAAGUCAAAACCGAAUUAGCGAAGGCACAGGAAUUGGCUGAGCAGCGUCUGAAGAACGAGCUCGUCGAACAGGCCAUUGAGUUGAAUCGCAAGUACCUGAACGAUGUAAAGGAGUUAGUUGAAAGAGAGCGUGAAGGCCGCUUGAGCAAGAUUAGCGAGCUAACCACCAACGUUAACGAACUCGAGAAACUCACGAGCGAAUGGAGCGAUGUCAUCGAAAGCAACCUGAAGACUCAGCAACUUCAAGUUGCUAUUGAUUCUGUUCGUACCGUGCUUGAGAACGCGAGUGUGGCCAAGCCGUUUGUUCGCGAGCUAGUCGCCGUGAAGGAGCUUGCUGCCGAUGACCCAGUUGUGGCUGCUGCCAUUGCCUCGAUCAAUCCUACAGCAUACCAGCGUGGGAUCCCUACCGCUUCUCAGAUCAUCGAUCGCUUCCGUCGUGUAGCAAGCGAAGUUCGCAAAGCCAGCCACCUCUCCGAAGACGCUGGCAUCGCCCGACACGCCGUCAGCGUUGCUUUGAGCAAGGUGAAAUUUAGCAAUGACGGUCUAACAGAUGGCGACGAUGUAGAGAGCGUUUUGAACCGUGCAGAGAACAUGCUGGAGGAGGGAAGACUCGAUGCUGCUGCCCGUGAGGUGAAUUCCCUUCAGGGCUGGGCUAAGAUCCUGAGCAAAGACUGGCUUGCUGAUGUACGCCGUAUACUUGAGGUUAAUCAAGCUUUAGAAGUGAUGGAAACGGAGGCUCGCCUACAGUGCCUGAGGGUUGAGUCUUGAGUCCUCAUAUUCCUGAUACGUAUUCUUGUAAAACAUACACAAUGUACUAGACUCAAUAAGAUUUAUUCCAUUUGUUAGACUUUGGCCUUUGCUUUUUCAUCCAAUACAUAUAUGACUUGAAAAGACGUAGCUGAGAUAUAAAUCAUUAUAUUUACGUGUACAGUAUGGUGACAAAGUUUGAAUAUAGCACUAAAAAAGUGGAUGAGGUAUAAAAUCCUUCCCUAUAU